GGAUUGCGUUGGGUCCAAGGAAGCAGAAACGAGGCAGAUCUGCUCGCUGUUUGCACGGCAGCCCCUCAUGGCAUCGUCCGAGCCCCCUCCCAGCAUUUAGAGAAAGAGGUGAAGGAAGAUACAGGAGCGAUUAAUCAAGUGGCUAAUAAAAAAAGUAUAAAUCCCCGGGGGCUGCGCGCCGCUGAUGCCGGAGAGCUGGCUCGGAGACAGGCACCGGGAGGGACGAGCCAGCCCUCCUCUCUUCGCCUCUCCUCUCCCCGAGCUGCUGCCACACUUGGUUCAUUCCAGCUGCAGAAGCUCAGAGCCUUCCAUGCGCCGAGCCGAGGACUAUCCCAAUCGCAAAGGGGGAGAAAAAAGGGGGAAAAUCCACCAGCAGCCAACCCCCAACACGCCCCAUUCCUGCCGUCCUUUGACAUGCAACCUUCCUUGGGAUGGGACCGGCCGGGAUGCAGCUGCAGCCUCGGAAGGAAUUGGGGAAAAUUGGGGAUCUUGGCUCUGAUGACGGUGGAAGUGAGCUCCUGGAGCCGGGUGCUGCUGCUCUCCGUGGGGCUGCUGGCUGCCUCCACCAACGCCCAGAACUGCAGUCACAUUUUGCACGGCCCCAAUGGGACGAUACAGAGUCCAGGCUUUCCAUAUGGAUAUCCAAAUUAUGCAAACUGCACUUGGACAAUCACUGCUGAGGAGCAGAACAGGAUACAGCUUGUUUUCCAGUCCUUUGCAUUAGAGGAAGAUUUUGAUGUCUUAUCUAUCUACGAUGGACCCCUUCAGCAGGGGAACCUGAGAACAAGGUUAACAGGUUUCCAGCUGCCUGCUCCUAUAGUGAGUACAGGGGUCGUGCUGUCCUUGUGGCUUGUGAGUGACUACGCAGUCAGUGCUCAAGGCUUCCAGGCGAACUAUGAAGUUCUACCCAGUGACACAUGUGGGAACCCAGGCAGGCUGCAGAAUGGUGUCCAGCAGGGAACGACGUUCAGCAUCGGGGACAAAGUGAGAUACAGCUGCAACCCUGGCUUCUUCCUAGAGGGCCACGCGCUGCUCACAUGCCAAUCCAGCAUAGAGAAUGGAGCCUCCUGGGAUUUUCCUCUCCCCUUCUGCAGAGCUGACGAUGCUUGUGGAGGGACGCUGAGGGGACAGAGUGGAAUUAUCUCAAGCCCACACUUUCCUUUGGAGUAUGGCAAUAAUGCAGACUGCACGUGGACUAUUCUCGCUGAACCCGGAGACACGAUUGCUCUGGUGUUCAUGGAUUUUCAGCUGGAAGAUGGAUACGACGUUUUAGAGGUUGCUGGCACAGAGGGAUCUUCACUCUGGUUCACUGGGAUGAAUCUGCCUGCCCCAGUUAUCAGCAGUAAAAACUGGCUGCGGCUUCACUUCACAUCUGAUGGCAACCACAGGCAGAAAGGGUUCAGCGCCCAGUACCAAGUCAAAAAGCAAAUGGAGCUGAAAUCCAGAGGGGUGAAGCUAAUGCCAAGCAAGAACAGUAACCAGAAGACAUCAGUGUUAACUCAGGUUGGUGUGUCCCAGGGACAUAAUAUGUGUCCAGACCCUGGGAUUCCAGAGAGAGGCAAAAGAAUAGGCAACGAUUUUAGGUUAGGCUCCAGCAUCCAAUUCACCUGUAACGAGGGCUACGAUUUACAGGGGUCCAAAAGCAUCACCUGUAAGAGAGUGAGCGACAUCAUCGUUGCUUGGAGUGACCACAGGCCAGUGUGCAGAGCACGGAUGUGUGACAUGUACCUCCGUGGUCCCAGCGGUGUGAUAACCUCUCCCAACUACCCUGUCCAAUAUGAUAACAAUGCUUACUGCGUGUGGGUCAUCACCGCGCUCAACCCAGCCAAGGUUAUCAAACUCACCUUUGAAGAAUUUGAACUGGAAAGAGGAUAUGACACUCUGACAGUCGGGGAUGGAGGACAAGUGGGAGACCAGAAGUCUGUGCUUUACGUCUUGACAGGCACCACAGUCCCCGACCUCAUUGUCAGCACACAGCACCAGAUGUGGCUCCUCUUCCAGACAGACAGUGUCAGUAACCUGCUGGGAUUCAAAGCAACGUACGAAGAGAUCGACCAGGGGAGCUGCGGGGAUCCCGGCAUUCCAGCCUACGGCAGAAGAGAGGGGUCCACAUUUCGCCAUGGGGACAGUUUGAAGUUUGAGUGCCAGCCCGCCUUUGAGCUGAAGGGCCAGAAAACAAUUACCUGCCAAAAGAGUAGCCAGUGGUCUGCUCAGAAACCUGUCUGUGUUUUUUCCUGCUUUUUCAACUUCACCACCCCGUCUGGGAUCGUGCUGUCACCGAAUUACCCUGAGGAAUACGGCAGCAGCUUGCACUGCGUUUGGUUGAUUAUAGCUAAACCUGAGAGCCGAAUUCAUUUGGCUUUCAAUGAUUUUGACGUGGAGCCUCAGUUUGAUUUCUUAGCUGUGAAGGACGGUGGCACCGCGGAGUCUCCAGUGCUGGGCACCUUCUCAGGAAGCCAAAUCCCCUCCUCACUGACCAGCAGCGGCCACGUCGCCAGGUUGGAGUUCCAGACUGACCACUCCAUGGAGAAGAGAGGCUUCAACAUCACCUUCACCACAUUCAGACACAAUGAGUGCCCAGACCCCGGUGUGCCCGUGAAUGGGAAACGCUUUGGGGACAGCCUGCAGCUCGGCAGCUCCGUGUCGUUCCUUUGUGAUGAGGGUUUUAUCAGAACCCACGGCUCAGAGACCAUCACCUGCAUCCUGAAGGAAGGGAACGUGGUCUGGAACAACGCCGUGCUCAGAUGUGAAGCUCCAUGCGGGGGCCACUUGACAUCUCCCAGUGGCACCAUCCUGUCCCCGGGCUGGCCUGGCUUCUACAAGGACUCCCUGAGCUGUGCAUGGGUGAUCGAGGCCCAGCCAGGGUACCCCAUCAAGAUCACAUUUGACAGGUUUAAGACUGAGGUGAAUUAUGACACCCUGGAAGUGCGAGAUGGCCGGUCCUACUCUUCCCCACUAAUAGGUGUCUAUGAUGGGACUCAGGUGCCCCAAUUCCUCAUCAGUACCAGCAACUACCUCUACCUCCUCUUCACCACUGACAAAAGCCACUCUGACAUUGGCUUUCAGAUCCGAUAUGAAACUGUGAAGCUCCAGUCUGACCACUGCUUGGAUCCAGGGAUCCCUGUCAAUGGGCAGCGCCAUGGGAAUGAUUUCUAUGUGGGAGCACUGGUGACGUUCAGCUGUGACUCCGGCUACACCCUGAGUGACAACGAAGCCCUGGAGUGUGAGCCAAACUUCCAAUGGAGCCGACCACUGCCAAGCUGCGAGGCUCUAUGUGGAGGUUACAUUCGUGGUUCCAGUGGUACUAUCUUAUCCCCAGGCUUUCCUGAUUUUUAUCCAAAUAACUUGAACUGCACGUGGACAAUAGAAACAUCACAUGGAAAAGGUGUGUUCUUCACCUUCCAUACCUUCCACCUGGAGAAUGGCCACGAUUACCUCCUCAUCACCGAGAACUCCAGCUUUGCUCAGCCCUUGAAGCAGCUCACAGGCUCUCGCCUGCCUGCCCCAUUCAGUGCUGGGCUCUUUGGGAACUUCACGGCACAAAUCCGCUUCAUCUCAGACUUCUCCAUGUCCUAUGAGGGCUUCAACAUCACCUUCUCAGAAUACGACUUGGAGCCCUGCGAUGAGCCGGAGGUCCCAGCCUACAGCAUCAGGAAGGGGCUGCAGUUUGGUGUGGGUGAUGUCCUCACCUUCUCCUGUUUCCCCGGGUACCGCCUGGAGGGCACAGCGCGCAUCACCUGCCUCGGGGGGAGACGGCGUGUAUGGAGUGCACCUCUGCCAAGGUGUGUGGCUGAAUGUGGUUCAUCUGUAACUGGAACUCAAGGUGUUCUGCUGUCCCCCAACUACCCAAUAAACUACAACAACAACCACGAGUGCAUCUACUCCAUCCAGACACAGCCGGGAAAGGGGAUCCAGCUGAAAGCCAGGACUUUUGAACUGGAAGCAGGAGAUGUCCUCAAGGUCUAUGAUGGCAGUAACAGCUCUGCUCGCCUGCUGGGUUCCUUCAGCCGCUCGGAAAUGCUCAGCACCAGCAUCAACAGCACUUCCAGCAGCAUGUGGCUCGAGUUCAUCACCAACAGUGAGAACACCAGCAAAGGCUUUGAGCUGCAGUUUACUAGUUUUGAACUCAUCAAAUGUGAGGAUCCCGGCAUCCCGCAGUUUGGCUACAAGGUCCACGAUGAGGGGCACUUUGCUGGCAGCUCCGUGUCGUUCAGCUGUGACCCUGGCUAUACCCUGCGGGGCAGCAGAGUGCUGGUGUGUCUGACUGGGGAGCGGAGAGCCUGGGAUCAACCCUUGCCAACCUGUGUGGCUGAGUGUGGGGGUUCUAUCAAAGGAGAGACGUCAGGACGGAUUCUGUCCCCUGGUUACCCCACACCCUACGAUCACAACCUGAACUGCAUUUGGUCCAUAGAGGCAGAAGCUGGUUGCACGAUAGGACUCCAUUUCAUGGUUUUCCACACCGAGGAGUUCCACGAUGUGCUGAGGAUCUGGGACGGCCCGGUGGAGAAUGGGAUCCUCCUGAAGGAGAUGAGUGGGUCCGUUCUGCCCAGCGACGUCCACAGUACUUUCAAUUCUGUCAUCCUGCAGUUCAACACUGAUUUCUUCACAAGCAAACAGGGUUUCGCCAUUCAGUUUUCAGUUUCCACUGCCACCUCCUGCAAUGACCCAGGGAUCCCCCAGAAUGGGAGCCGGAGUGGUGACAGCAAGGAGGCAGGAGACUCCAUCGUCUUCCAGUGUAACCCAGGAUAUGCUCUGCAAGGGGAAGCCAAAAUCACUUGUGUGCAGAUUGAGAACAGAUUCUUCUGGCAGCCGGACCCCCCGUCUUGCACAGCUCCCUGUGGAGGGAUCCUGACGGGACCAGCAGGAGUGAUCCUGUCCCCGCAGUACCCAGAGCCCUACCCGCCGGGGAAGGAGUGCGACUGGAAGCUGACCGUCUCUCCUGAUUAUGUCAUUGCCCUGGUGUUUAACAUCUUCAGUUUGGAGCCUGGCUAUGAUUUCCUUCACAUUUACGACGGACCCGAUUCGCUCAGCCCCCUGAUUGGAAGCUUUUAUGGCUCCCAGCUACCUGAGAGGAUAGAGAGCAGCAGUAACAGCCUCUUCCUCGCCUUCCGGAGCGAUGCCUCAGUCAGCAAUACUGGAUUUGUCAUUGAAUACACAGAAAAUCCCAGGGAAUCGUGCUUUGAUCCUGGAUCAAUUAAAAAUGGUACACGAGUGGGUACAGAUCUGAAACUGGGAUCUACAAUCACCUACUACUGUGAUGGAGGGUAUGAUAUCGAAGGGGUCUCCACUCUGACCUGCAUAAUGGGAGAGGAUGGGAAACCUGCGUGGAACAAACCCCAACCCACCUGUACAGCACCCUGUGGUGGUCAGUACACGGGCUCAGAUGGUGUAGUCCUCUCUCCUAAUUAUCCCCAGAAUUACACCAGUGGACAGGUCUGCUUGUACUUCAUCGUCGUGCCAAAGGACUACGUGGUCUUCGGGCAGUUUGCCUUCUUCCAGACUGCACUCAACGACAUCAUUGAGGUUCAUGAUGGUCCCAACCAGCACUCCCGGCUGCUCAGCUCCCUCUCAGGCUCUCAUACAGGUGAAUCACUGCCAUUAGCUACCACCAACCAGAUUCUCAUCAAAUUUAGUUCCAAGGGUCAAUCUACAGCCAAAGGCUUUCAUUUUGUCUACCAAGCGGUUCCUCGCACCAGUGCCACACAGUGCAGCUCAGUCCCAGAGCCACGCUAUGGCCGGCGGUUGGGCAGCGACUUUGCAGUGGGGGCUGUGGUGCGUUUUGAGUGCAGCGCCGGCUACGUCCUGCAAGGCUCCCGCAGCAUCGAGUGCCUCACCAUGCCUGGAGCACUGGCUCAGUGGAACGUCUCUGUACCUACGUGUGUGGUGCCGUGUGGUGGAAAUCUGACUGAGCGCAAAGGCACCAUCCUCUCCCCUGGCUUCCCAGAGCCGUACCUGAACAGCCUCAACUGUGUGUGGAAGAUAUCAGUCCCCGAGGGAGCAGGGAUCCAGAUACAGGUGAUCAGUUUUGUCACUGAGCAGAACUGGGAUUCCCUGGAAGUGUUUGAUGGAGGAGAUAACACAGCCACCAUGCUGGGAAGUUUCUCUGGAACUACAGUGCCUGCGUUGCUGAACAGCACUUCAAACCAGCUCUAUCUGCAUUUCUAUUCGGAUAUCAGUGUCUCUGCUGCUGGCUUUCACCUGGAAUACAAAACUGUCGGCCUGUCCAGCUGCCCUGAGCCCCCAGUUCCUGGGAACGGCCUGAAGGUUGGGGAGCGCUACCUGGUGAACGACGUCGUCUCCUUCCAGUGUGAGCCAGGCUAUGCACUGCAGGGACACUCUCACAUUUCCUGCAUGCCAGGCACUGUGCGGCGCUGGAACUACCCCCCUCCACUUUGCAUUGCACAGUGUGGAGGAACAGCAGAGGAGAUGGAAGGAGUCCUCCUGAGCCCAGGGUUUCCAGGCAACUAUCCCAGCAACCUGGACUGCACAUGGAGGAUAUUGCUGCCAGUGGGAUUUGGUGCUCACGUUCAAUUCCUAAACUUCUCCACUGAGCCAAACCAUGACUUUGUUGAAGUGCGCAAUGGGCCGUACGACACCAGCAACGUCAUCGGGCGCUUCAGCGGCACCGAAAUCCCAGGUUCCCUCCUGUCCACAUCUCAUGAAACCACUGUGUACUUCCACAGCGACCAUUCGCAGAACAAGCCAGGCUUCAAGCUGGAGUACCAAGCAUAUGAGCUGCAGGAAUGCCCUGACCCUGAGCCUUUUGCCAACGGUGUUGUGCGUGGAGCUGGGUACAACGUUGGCCAGUCCAUCUCUUUUGAGUGCCUGCCUGGGUACCAGCUGAUCGGUCACCCCGUCCUGACAUGUCAGCACGGAACCAACAGGAACUGGGAUCACCCAUUGCCCAGGUGUGAAGUGCCUUGUGGGGGCAAUGUCACCACCCAAAAUGGGACAGUUUACUCUCCUGGCUUUCCCAACCAAUACCCCAAUUCCCAGGAUUGCACGUGGCUCCUUACAGUGCCUGUGGGCUAUGGGAUCCAUCUCAACUUCACUCUGCUGCAAACAGAGCCCUACAACGAUUUCAUCACAAUAUGGGAUGGUCCACAACAAACAGCCCCGCAGCUUGGAGUAUUCACUGGCAACUCUGCUAAGAAGUCAGCCCAAAGCUCUUCCAAUCAGGUCCUGGUGAAAUUCCACAGCGAUGCUGCAAAUGGAGGAAUUUUUGCCAUUUACUUCUAUGCCUACCAGCUCUUCAGGUGUCAGCCUCCAACCAUGGUUCCCAACGCAGAAAUCAUCACUGAGAACGAGGAGUUUAACAUAGGUGACAUUGUGAGGUACAGAUGCCUUCCUGGCUUUACACUGAUUGGAAACGAAAUCCUGACCUGCAAACUGGGCACUCACCUACAGUUUGAAGGACCUCCACCCACCUGUGAAGUGCCCUGCCCCAUGAAUGCAGUAAUGACGGACUCCACUGGUGUGAUCCUCAGCCAGAGCUUCCUGGGGAGUUACCCUCACUUCCAGACCUGCUCUUGGGUGGUCAAGGUGGAGCCUGGCUACAACAUCUCCCUUACCAUCGAGUAUUUCCUCAGUGAGAAGCAGUAUGAUGAGUUUGAGAUCUUUGAUGGUCCCUCUGGCCACAGCCCACUGCUUUUGUCACUGAGUGGGAACUACUCUGCUCCUCUGACUGUUACCAGCAGCGGGAACAAAGUCUAUCUCCGUUGGUCCUCUGAUCAUGCCUACAACAGAAAAGGCUUCAAAAUCCGCUACUCCGCUCCUUACUGCAGCCUCCCGCAGCCUCCAGCCCAUGGGCUGAUCCUCAGCCAGACGGGGAUGCAGCCCGGCUCCACAGUUCGCUUUGGCUGUGACAGCGGCUACCGGCUGGUGGGUCACAGCACUGCCACCUGCUCCCAGCACCCACAGGGCUACUUCCACUGGAACGAAGCGAUCCCGCUGUGCCAAGCUCUGUCCUGUGGAGUUCCCAAAGCCCCAAAGAACGGUGUCGUCUUUGGCAAGGAGUACACAGUGGGGACCAAAGCUGUGUACCACUGUGACCAGGGCUUCCAGCUGGCUCCUGGUGAGCCUCCCAGCACCGAGUGCCUGCAGGAAGGGCAGUGGAGCAACGGCAACAAACCCCCACCCUGCGUGGCUGUUACCUGCCCUGAUAUCAGCAGCAUUGCUGUGGAGCAUGGCCGGUGGCGGCUGACCUACGAGAUCCAGUACCACUACAACGCCCAGCUGAUGCUCAUCUGUGACCCUGGCUACUACUACACAGGACAACGGGUCAUCAGGUGCCAGGCCAACGGGAAAUGGAGCAUUGGCGAGCCCAUGCCAACCUGCAAAAUUAUCUCCUGUGGAGACCUACCCACGCCUCCCAAUGGGAACAAGAUCGGCACGCUGACCAGCUAUGGGGCCACUGCCAUCUUCUCCUGCAACACUGGUUACACCCUGGUGGGCUCCCGUGUGCGCGAGUGCAUGGCCAACGGGCUGUGGAGCGGCGCUGACGUCAGGUGUCUGGCCGGGCACUGCGGCGUUCCCAGCCCCAUUGUCAACGGGCAGAUCAACGGUGAGAACUACAACUACCGUGGCAGUGUGGUGUAUCAGUGCCAGCCCGGGUUCCGCCUGAUCGGGAUGUCCGUGCGCAUCUGCCAGCAGGACCACCGCUGGUCCGGGAAGACGCCUGUCUGUGUGCGUGUAACUUUAUACUGCAGUGAGCAUCUGACUUACACCAGGCAGGGGGAGGAAAACAUCAGGUUUCAUGGCUGCGUUUGUGAUGCCCAGGCCAUCACUUGUGGCCACCCUGGCAACCCCGCCAACGGCCUGACCCAAGGCACUCAGUUCAACCUGAACGACGUGGCCAAGUUUGUCUGCAACACCGGGUACCGCCUGGAAGGAGCAGCGCAGUCACAGUGCUUGGCCAACGGGCAGUGGAGCAGCACCCUGCCUGCCUGCCGUGUUGUAAACUGUACUGACCCCGGGCACCUGGAAAACAGCAUCCGUCAAGUGCAGCCGAGUGGUCCUCACAGAUUCAGCUUUGGAACAACUGUCUCAUAUCAGUGCAGCCAUGGAUAUUACUUACUGGGUACACACGUCCUUACCUGUCAGGGGGAUGGCACUUGGGACCGUGCCCUCCCACAGUGUCUUUUGGUCUCCUGUGGGCACCCAGGCUCCCCACCCCACGCUCAGAUCUCAGGUGACAAAUACACCGUGGGCUCCGUGGUCCGUUACAGCUGCCUGGGGAAGAGGGCUCUCAUUGGCAACUCCACACGCAUGUGCCAGCUGGAUGGACGCUGGAGCGGCUCCCUGCCACACUGCUCAGGAGGCAGCCAGGGUGUGUGUGGCGACCCAGGGAUCCCAUCGCACGGCAUCGGGCUGGGAGAUGAGUUUGGUGUGGACAGCGUGGUGCGGUUCAGCUGUGAGCCUGGCUACACCCUGCGGGGCUCAUCUGAGAGGACAUGCCAAGCCAAUGGCUCCUGGAGCGGCGUACAGCCCGAGUGUGAAGUUAUCUCCUGUGGGAACCCAGGCACUCCCAGCAACGCCAGGGUUCUAUUUAAUGACGGCUUGGUUUUCUCCAGCUCCAUCAUAUACCAGUGCCGGGAAGGCUAUUACUCCACUGGUGUGCUGAGCAGGCACUGCACAGUGAAUGGGACGUGGACCGGAACCAGCCCGGAGUGCACAGUGAUCAACUGUGGUGACCCAGGUGUGCCAGCCAACGGCAUUAGACUGGGCAGUGAUUUUACCUACAACAAAACAGUGGUGUUCCAGUGCAUGCCUGGGUACAUGAUGGAGUCGGACAGAGCAUCCUCUCUGAUGUGCACAAAAGACCGAACCUGGAACGGCACCAAACCUGCCUGCAAGGCUAUCGUCUGCAAAUCCCCACAAGCCAUUCCCAAUGGCAAAGUGGUGGGUUCGGAUUUCAGCUGGGGCUCCAGCGUCAGCUACGCCUGCCUGGAAGGGUAUCAGCUCUCCCUGCCUGCCGUGCUCACCUGUGAGGGGAACGGGACCUGGAGCGGGGAGAUCCCCCAAUGCUUCCCCGUCUUCUGUGGAGAUCCAGGGAUCCCUGCCCAGGGCCGGAGGGAGGAUCGAGGCUUCACGUACCGCUCCUCUGUGUCCUUCUCCUGCCUGGCCCCAAUGGUGCUGGUGGGCUCAGCACGUCGGUUCUGCCAGUCCGACGGUACGUGGAGUGGGACCCAGCCCAGCUGCAUAGACCCAACCCUGACGACGUGUGCAGACCCCGGAGUGCCACUCUUUGGGAUGCAGAACAACUCGCAGGGCUAUCAGGUGGGAAGCAUGAUUUUCUUCAAGUGCCAGAAGGGCUACCUGCUGCAGGGCUCCACCACCAGGACCUGCCUGCCCAACCUGACGUGGAGCGGCGUGCAGCCCGACUGCGUCCCUCAUCACUGUAAGCAGCCUGAGACCCCCUCCCACGCCAACGUUGGGGCUCUGGAUUUGCCAUCUCUGGGCUACACCUUGAUCUAUUCCUGUCAGAGUGGGUACUACCUCACCGGAGGGUCUGAGCAUCGGACCUGCAAAGCAGAUGGCAGCUGGACGGGGAAGCCUCCCAUCUGCCUCGCUGACAUCCGCCCCAGUGGCCGCCCGGUGGGCACUGCACGGGACCCGCCGCUCUCCAAGCUGUCAGUGCCUGCUGACGUGUUUGCAAGAAAUUCCCUUUGGAAAGGCUCCUAUGAAUACAUGGGGAAAAAGCAGCCUGCAAUGCUGUCUGUCACCAGCUUCGACCCUGUCACCAGUAAAGUCAAUGCCACUUUGAUAGACCACAGCGGCGUGGAGCUCCAGGUUUCUGGCAUCUACAAGAAAGAAGAGGUGCACCUGCUCCUCCAGGUCUAUCAGAUUAUGGGGCCAGUGGAGAUCUUUCUAAACAAGUUCAAAAAUGAUAAAUGGGCUCUAGAUGGACACGUCUCAUCAGAGUCAUCCAGUGGCACGUUUGUGUACCAGGGCUUUGUGCGUGGCAAAGGGUUCGGGCAGUUUGGUCUUCAGAGACUGGACGUCAGCAUGAUGGAAAACGAUCCGGAAUCCAUAGGACACCAUUUUGCAUCAAACAGCAGUUCUGUGGCAGCUGCCAUUCUUGUGCCUUUCAUAGCCCUGAUUAUUGCAGGGUUUGUGCUUUAUCUCUACAAACACAGGAGAAGACCCAAAGUCCCAUUCAAUGGCUACGCGGGCCAUGAAAACACCAACGUCAGAGCGACGUUUGAAAACCCCAUGUAUGACCAAAACCUGCAGCCCACAGACAUCAUGGCCAACGAGACAGAGUUCACAGUCAGCACUGUGUGCACAGCUGUAUAGCACUCAUCCCCUGCAUGGUUCCUGCAGGGUCGGUAUCUAGCAAAUGAUUGUGUUUCACCUCACUAGUCUCCGUCCAUUCCCUCCCAUCUCCCUCCUUCCAAUCUUGUUGAGGCUGUGGAGAAGCUGCUACACCUUGUUGGACUUUGUGUUUAACUCCUGAGAGACUGCUCCAUCAUCCUCGCCCACCCUCCGCGUCCUGCCAUGGAUCACGAAGCCAAGCAAUCAUCUACUCUGCACAGCUCCUCUCUCCCACCCUCCCAGUGGGCACCAGCUUGGUAGUGAGACCUGGGGAAGUGGAGGGCCAUGGAAGGGAGGUGAUGGGCUCAAUGUGCUGCAGGGAGCAGUGGGGUACGUGGGGCCUCCUCCACUUUUGGAGGAUCUUGGACAGGUGGGGAGGAAGCCAGAUUGCACUGCACAAAGUGCUGACUGGAGAUGAUGGAAAAUACCAGAGUGGGGGCAGGAUGAGCAUUUGUUUUGUCUUGAGUUUUCUCAGUUAUCUGUUGGUUUGCAGAAGUUUCCAGAUGGGACUUUUCCAAUGGGAAAACUUUUCAAGCCUUUCUCCCCUUCCUUAUAUUUAACUUUCCUGGGUACUUUUUUUGUUGAGUUUGGGUUUCUUCUGCCCUCGUGUCCAUUUACAUGAAGCCUCUUUGAGCCUGAAGCCACUUCCAAGGGCUGCAGAGGGAACAUUCCUCCAUCCCUGGCUCCUGCAGGCAGCUGCCCAUGUCAGCUGUACCCAAACACCCUCAUAAGAAAACUGCUGACAGACAUGAAGGGACAAAAACCUCUUUAAAACUAACAAAUACUGCCCCCUCCCUCCCCCCUUUCACACCCAAAACUAGUUGCAUUCAAAAGCCUUUGCCCUUUCCAUAUUGAUCCUCCAAAUGGCAAUGCAAUAAGAGUUUUAAUUUCUAUCCAAAGCUCUUCCCUUUAUUUCCCAGGGGUGGAAAGGUUGGCUUGGCUUUCAUGAGAACAGAUAAGGGGACUUGACAUUUUUCCUCCCUUAUAAAAGAACGAUGCUUUGUGAUGUCCUCCUCUAAUAAAGAGGAGAGCUGCUCCUGUUGAUUUAGGGGUUUAGUCUGUUUGGUUUGAGUCACUGUUUCUUGAACCACUCUGGAGUCCAAGAAGGCAACAGUGCCAUUUUACCACACUGUAAGUCGAGCACCUCUCUGAAAUACUGUUGACUUAAAGCAGUAAGUCAAUGAAACAGCUUUUUCUUACAGAAAACUUGAAGGGAAAAAUAAUUAAAACAAAUGGAGUGGUGUUUACAUCUCUGCUUGCGUUUGAGCACUGGUUCUUCCCUGCCUGAUGUCAGCUGAGGUUUUGUCUGAUGAAAACCACAGGGUAGUUUUUUAUGUGUUGUUUAUUCUUUUACUGUGUGUGUAUGUAUAAAUAUAUAUUGGGUUGGUUUUUAUUUUUCUUCCACUUCUGUCUCUCAUUCAGUGCUCUUAGAAUAAGCAGCAUUUCUCCAGCCUAUGGUCUGAACAGCCAGCCUGCCAAAAAACACCAUCUGCUCCCCAAAGCAUCACUGAGGUGCUCUGAGUUGUACCUGAGAGGUGGGUGGAAGCAGACAUGAGCUGGAGCCCACGCUGCAGUGAGUGCACAGACAGCUCAGGGUCACUCCUGCACUGCUGCAGAGCUUCUCCCAGCUCGUGCCAAACGAUCAGACAGGUGAGAAAGGUAACCAGAAAGCUGCUUCUUGGCCUGAGCUCCUCUUGGUAGCCAGUAGGGGCUGCCAGGAUGGAUACCUGCCCUUCCCUGAGCAUCUCCAGCUUGCAGGAUGCAGCCUCCAGGGCAGGUUGAAGUAUGAAGAGGGAUCCCUGAGUGAGGGUCUGGGGACCAGGGCUCAGCUGUGUCUAAUUCCUCUGCUUCAGCUGAUCUGCUGCAGUGAAGCUGGGGGCUGCCCCUCCUUUGCACUGAUGUAACUGAGAUCAGGACGUUCCCCUGGUUCUCCUCCUGUAUGCAGAGAUACAGCUGCUUCCUGGCUUCACCUCUGCUCUCUGGGCUCCUGUUUGACUUCAGAGGCCUCUCCCAAACCUGAGUUAUUCUGUGAUUUCCACCCUUAUCCAAAUCCACAGCCUGUUCUUCCUUACCUUUGCCAGGUCCCCAUAACACAGGGAACAGACCAGGCUCCCUUGCACAACAAGUCCUUAAAGCUGCACCCUGUGCCAGUGAAUACAGCAUCCCGGCUCCCAUGUCAGCUCAGACCUUGCAGCAUCCCACAGCAGCAGAGCUUCAAUUUGCCCCUAGGUGCGAUCCCCCUCAAUCAAUGUAAUAGCAAGGAGAAGCUCGUGUCAAGGUGUGUGAAACAAGCCUGAGAUGCAUCAAACAGCAAAGCAGGGAGAGCAGGAGCUGCCCUUACACAAGAUUGGCUGCUAUUAUGUACCAUUUUCUACUGUUCCCAAGCAACAAAGGCAGAAGAAGAGGGGUCUGAGCCCGUUUUUUUGCAGGCUGGCUGGGAUGCAAUGUGUGCCAUUCAUAACAGCCAUCCCUGUGCCCGGAGGACUCGCAUUGUGUUCAAAAAGAGAAAAGAAAAAGCCAAAAAAAAAGGAAAAAAAAAUAGAAAAAAAAA